GCAGCGCAAAAGAAUUUUUAUUCCAUUCCUUUUCUGCAGGAAAAUUCGAAAGAAAGUGUGCAACAAAAAAUACACAGGCCAUAACAAAAGGAAUUUUGGAAUUAAAAUUAAAGCAAUUAAAAGUUAUCUUUGAAGUUCAGUUCUCUCGUUUCCUUGGCCAAGUUACGAAUUGCGAGGCUAUCCAUGGAAGUGUUGUCGAAAAAAUCCCGUCAGUGCGCCCGCAAGAAUCUUCGUCCGCUGAAGCUUUACGAGCGGCGUCUCGUGUGCCGCCCCAUUUUGUGGCAGCAGCAGCCGGAGCAGCAGCCGACGCCGACGACAAGUCCACAAAAAGUUGACCUCAUGACGAUGGCAGAAGGCACCGACCCCAUGGGGCAUCAUCAUCACGCCGCCGGCACGCACAAUCCGCACUACCAUGCCCCGCAUCCCCAUCACCAUCCACACCAGCCGCACCACCAUCCGCCGGCGCCGCCAGCACCGCACCACCAGCAGCACCAGCAAUACCAUCCCCAUGUGUAUCCACCGCCCCCCGUGGCGGCGGCAGCGGCCCACUCCCACUACGCGGCCCAGCUGCAGCAGGGCUAUGCGCAUCCGCACGGUGGGGGCAUGGGCAUGGGCAUGCCACUGGCCCUGAGCCUGCACCAGCAGGCGGCGGCUGCAGCAGCCGCUGCGGCAGCGGCUGUGGCCAGUGCCGAGCAGCAGAACAACAACAACAAUCAGCCGUGCGUGGCCAACAACAACAUUGCGGCAGUGUCGUGGAAGCAGCGCAAGCGGAAGCGCCUCUCGGCGGUGCUCGACCAGCUGCACCACAACCACAGCGACACAAUCGAGCGGAGGAGCAGCAGUCGCAGUGGCAGUCCCCAGUCGCAGAGUCCCUCGCCACAGCCGCUGAGCAACGGCCUGGCCGCCUGCAAGACGGAGCCCAUGGAGGAGGACGAGGCGGCCGAUCACGAGGGGCAGGAGUCUCGCGAUGAGGAUGAGGACGGCGGGGAGGAUGACUCCAUGGAGCAGCAGCAGCGGGAGCACGAGCAGGAGCAGGAGGAGGCUAAGUACAUCAAAAGCGAGCACACAGCCAGCGAUGGGGAGGAGGAGGCGGCUUCCGCGGAGGACAUCUCUGGCGAGGAUCUGGAUCUGGAGCUGUCGCACAGCGACAACGACAACGACAACGAUGGCAACGACAGUCCGCGCAUCAGCAUGAGUCCGCUGCAACUGCAGGCUGCCGCUGCCGCCGGGGCCGGGGCCGGGGCCGGGCCCGGGACUGGCGUUGGCCCAGCCUCCGGUGUGGCGCCACAUCAGGUGCCGGUCCCCAAGGAGAAUCCACUGCAUGUGGAAAUCAAGACUGAGAUCCCCAAUCCCUACGAUCGCUACUUCCCCAUCCACUCGCCGCUGUUCGGCUACUAUCUGCACACCAAGUACUUGAACGAGGUGUUUCGGCGGCGCCACGAUCUCUACCCCUCCCCGCUGCAGCACACACCCUCCUCCAUUGCCAGCGAGACGGAGACGUCGCCCACAGCAGCAGCAGCAGCAGGAGGAGUCGAUCGAGUCGAUCGCAAGGGAUUCGGACCGAUGCCGAGUGCCAGUCAGCUGCUGCCACACGCUCUGCUGGCGAAUGCCUCGCCACCGCCCUCGCUGCCGUCGCCACCGCGCAGCGAGUCAUCGGUGCCCACUGGUGGAGGGGCAAGCAGCGCCACCACCACCACCACCACGACGACGAAGACGUCGCGCGGCACCAAACCGCCGUCCGAGAAGAAGAAACGGGGCGACAAGAAGAAGCCCAUGCCGCCGCCACAGGAGCGUCCGCUCGAUCUGUGCGUUCGCAGCGAAACGGAGAUCAAGAAGUACAAAUCCGCCGCCUCUCCGCCGAGCGCCUCGAUGAUGCCCCCACCGGCGGCAUCCUCGGCCGCCUCGAUGAGUGCCGCCAGCAGUGUGGAGAGCAUGAAUGCCCUGUCGCCGGCCUCCAGCAGCCACUCGGGCCACACGCCCACCUCCGCCUCCGGCAGCCAUGCCGCCCCGCCAUCAUCGAAUCAGCAGCAAAUGUCGCCGUAUGCCAGCGCCAUGUCAGCGGCCCAUGCAGCAGCGGCGGCAGCAGCAGCGGCCAUGAUCAAAAUGGAGAUGCAUCCACAUCCGCAUCAGCAUUCGCAUUCGCUUCACCCGCACCACAUGCAUCCGCACUCCCACUCGCACUCGCACUCGCAUUCGCACCACUCGUCGACAGUGGGUGUGCCGGUGAUCAAGGGGGAUGUGGCAUCGCCCACCACCAAGGAGACUGUCGCCUGGCGCUACAAUCUGGACGUGUCGCCGGUUGUGGAGGAGAUGCCGCCGGGCUCGGAUGUGGCAUAUGUGUGCCCCACCUGCGGGCAGAUGUUCUCGCUGCACGAUCGCCUGGCCAAGCACAUGGCCUCGCGGCACAAGUCGCGCAAUCCCGCCAACGACAUUGCCAAAGCGUACUCCUGCGACGUGUGCCACAGAUCCUUUGCCCGCUCCGAUAUGCUGACCCGGCACAUGCGACUGCACACGGGCGUGAAGCCGUACACGUGCAAGGUGUGUGGCCAGGUGUUCUCCCGCUCCGAUCAUCUGUCCACCCACCAGCGGACGCACACGGGCGAGAAGCCAUACAAGUGCCCCCAGUGCCCCUAUGCGGCGUGUCGCAGGGACAUGAUCACGCGCCACAUGCGCACACACACGCGCUACGAGUCGCGGGGCGGCGAACGGGGCAGUGGCAGUGGUCGUGAGAGCCGUGAGGGUCGCGGCGGCAACAUGGAGGAACAACCAGCACAGGAGUCGCCGCUGCCGCUGAUGGACAUGAAAAUGAACAUGAACAUGGGCAUGGGUAUGGGUAUGGGCAUGGGCAUGGGCCUCAAUAUGGGUGGGCAUGGCCUGUCGCCGAUGAACAUGAGCCUGUUGCAGGAGGAGCUGCUGCAGAAGUCGUCCGCACAGGCAGGACUCAGCCUGGGCGGGCCCAUGCCCAUGGUGGUGAAGACGGAGAGCGCCUAACAGCGGCGGCUCUAUCUACAAUAUGCGGCAGCCUCGAGGCAGUACAUGACCUUCUAAAAUGGGGGACGGGGGCAGGACACACACAAACACACACACACACUAAAUACACACUCACACAAAACACACACACCCACAGACACUUUUUUGAUUAACGGAAAUCUCUGCGAAGACUGAGGAAAACCUAAUUACUACCUACAGUUUAAAGAUAUAGAAUUACGAUCCCCCAAAAUACACACAAACACACAAAGAAGAGAACAAAAGAGAGAAGAGAGGAGAG